CACUCCCUCCUCCUCUUAUCAUCUCCGGCAGCGGUGGGCCCACGGGCGGCGAGGCCGUUGCGGUCGUGUCCGAGGAUGGGCAACGUCAACGAAGGGAAGGGACUGUUCGCUCCUAUCGUUGUGUUGACGCGCAACAUCAUCGGAAAGAAGAGGUUCAACCAGCUCAGAGGGAAGGCUAUUGCACUGCAUUCUCAGGUGAUUACGGAGUUCUGCAAAUCUAUAGGAGCUGAUAGUAAAGUUCGACAAGGUUUGAUUCGACUGGCGAAGAAAAAUGGGGAGAGGCUUGGAUUUCUUGCAUGAUAAUAUCCACUGUACUUUGUAUGAGAGUGCUUCAUUUUGUAUAUAUUGAGAUUUGAUCAAGAUGGAAACCUAUUUUGUUUCUGGAUUUUGAGAAUUGAUCAUAUUGCUAAUAAGAGAUUGAAACAUCUUUCUUUGUAGAUUGUACUCUCUUGUUUCUAUAAUGGAUGUAAAUGUUGGGAGAAA